AUGAGUUCGUAUCCUGUACCGCCGACGCCUCGCGUGAUAUCUCCCUCUCCGACACCCUCUGAGCCCGGCAGCAAAGAUGGCUACUUCCCACCCACAACCCGCGCAAAAGCAACACGCAUGAGCAGUGUAGCCUCCAUCGACCGUAUCCCAGAACACGAGGAUGACGAGAACCUCGAAGAAGAAGACCCCGAGCUAGCCCGCGCAAGAGCCCGCAGUCGCAACUCCCAACAACGGCGGCCGCACCAAAAAACAGCAGGCAUGAAAGACGGCACAGUCACCAGCGGCUCCACCGCAGCCAAAACCGCCAUGCCACCCCGAAGACGAAAACCAGACGACCUCAAACCACCCGCUGACGGCACACAAGCCAACGGCUUCCUCUCCCCCGACAGCGCAUACCCGCAAGGCUUCGGCUCCUCCUACUGGCGCAACCUCUCGCGCUCCCCGUCCCCGCUCGGCCUCAUACCCAUCCACGAAGAAUGGCGCAGGUUCAUCCACAAGCACGAAGUCCCGCGCAAAGCCCUGCACGUCAGCAUCGGCUUCUUAGGGUUGGGGUUGUACUGGAAAGGACUACAACCUGACAGCAUCCACCCGUACCUCCUCUACGCUCUCCUCCCGAUCUUCACAGUCGACAUCCUACGAUUCCGAUGGAACGCGCUGAACCGACUCUACAUCUGGCUCAUGGGCCCGUUAAUGCGGGAGAGCGAAGCGCACGACCAGUUCAACGGCGUCAUCAGCUACCUCGCCGGUUUAUGGUUGACGAUGCGGUUCUGCAACAAGGACAUCGCGCUCAUGAGCGUGCUGCUGUUGAGUUGGUGCGAUACGGCUGCGAGCACGUUUGGGCGGCUGUGGGGGAAGUACACACCACGGGUCAGGAGGGGCAAGAGCUUGGCGGGGAGUCUGGCGUGUUUUACCGUUGGGUUGGGAACGGCGGCGUUAUUCUGGGGCGUGGUGGCGCCGAGGACGUUUGGGUUGGAGGGCGAUUUUGCGUUUCAGGGGAUGUUGACGCUGCCGGCGGCGGUAAGGGAGCAGUUGGGCUGGAGUUGGCGGGAUGCGACGAUUGAAGGGCCGGCGGCGCUUGCGGCGUUGAGUGUGGUCACGGGUUUGGUGGUGAGUGUGAGCGAGGCGAUUGACCUUUGGGGGCUGGAUGACAACUUGACGAUACCUAUAUUCUGCGGCAUUGGGUUGUCCGGGUUCCUGUGGGCUUGUGGGAGUGUAGGGGGCUAG